CCCCGUUCAGAGGCUGAUGAAACUGAAAGUGCCGCAGUAGCGGCGGCUGCUUCAGGCCCGAGAGAUUCUUUCACCUUCAGCAGCUGUGCGGAGAGGAGGGGAACCAGCGGGUGGCGGGAGGCAGACAAAGAGCGUGAGCUUUAAAACAGUGCGACAUGAACGGAGGAGUGGAUUGUGCCCUCUCGGAGGAAGUGAUCGAUCUCACCAGAGGACCAUCAGGAUUGGGCUUUAACAUCGUUGGUGGGACAGAUCAUCGGUACAUUGCUAACGACAGUGGCAUCUACGUCAGCCGGAUCAAAGAAGAUGGGGCUGCCGCCCUUGAUGGCCGAUUACAGGAGGGAGACAAAAUUUUAGCGAUUAACGGCAUGGACCUGAAGAACUUGCUGCACAAGGAUGCUGUGGAACUAUUCAGGAAUGCAGGCUACAACGUUUCUCUGAAAGUUCAACACAGGUUGCAGCCACAGAAUGGCUCAGCUGGUCACAGAGGAGAUGGAGAACCAGGUGGUAUUCCCCUAGCUGUCAUUUUGGUGCCAGUGUUGGCCAUUAUGGUGGCUGCAGCGUGGGCCUUCCUGAGAUAUCGACAGCGGAUGUGAAACAUUCCCCUCUGAAGAUCUCUGUGCAUAUAUGUAUAAUAUACACCCACACACAGCUACGUUAUAAUUUAAAGAGAGAGUCAACAGUUGUAUCGUGGACUAAUGCCAGAAAGGAUUGUUGCCUCUUAUAAAGCUGCUGCUGAUGUUCACUAUGUUCUGAUUUUCUUGUGGGGUUGAGGGAGGAAGGAAAUAAAUGGGGAGGUGAGAUUAUCGUGUGUAAACAAAUGUGCCAUUUUCACUGAUCCCAUGGCAUUUUUGCUAUCUCCUUUCUUGCACCAUGAACUUUCAAAUACUUAUUCUGUAUUUUAAGAUGUGACUUUGGGUGUGUUUUAAGAACAAAACUUUUAUUUUGAGAAUUUCCUUAUUCUCCUCUCAUUCCUCUUACAACCAAUGAUCCACCUCUCUGAAUCAAGAAUGAAGAGGAGUGUGGGGGAUAGCUUAUCGUUUGGGUAGGGUCGGGAGCGGGCUGGUUAAAUAAAUGCCUUUGAGAAAUGUAUACCAUCGAUUCUGGUUUCACAGUUAAAGUUCCCAGAGGAGCUGCUGAUGUAAAACAAAUUAUGCAAUAUCAGUGAGGUGUUGUACUGGUCCUGGAAAGGCAGGAGGCCACAUCAGGGAGAAGGAGAGAGGAGUAAGGAUAGAAGGCUCAGGAAUGAAGAACCAAAGAAUUGUAACAGGAGGCUUUCAACAAAGUGCUAGGAUACUGGAGAGAGACGCCCAAUAGCAUCAGAAAUGGCCCAAUGAGGGGAGAGAGAGGCCUCUAAAGUAGAGGUGAACCAACAGCAUGUUUAGUCUAUGGAGCUACCAGAAGCCCAUCUGUCAGGUUACAGAAUAAUUUUUGGAGGCAGGGGGUGGGAAUAGAACACUCAUUUUACCCAGACUUAUUGCAGCAGCUGACCUGCUAUCUGCAGUGUCGUGCAGCCUGGAAGAUCUUAGCAUGACUUGUUCUGUGGUCUGGUCUUGGUCCAUCUAAGCCAUUGCUUGCUUGCUGAGGCUCUGACAUGGCUGCUGGGGAGUUACACCAAUGGGCGAACCAGGGGAUGGAGGAGGAAGAUGCAGGCAUUCUGUAGCCACACUAGAUUCUUCUUUUGGGGGGCAGAAGGCAGACGGGGAAGGCUUGGUAAGAAAGGUGAAUUGGCAAAAAGUCAUGCCUUGCCACAAAGGAGAAAAACACCCCAGUAGGCUUUGUUGAACAGGUUGCUAGUUCUAUAGCAAUGCUGCAGGAAAAUGAGCAAUACCAUGCUCCUAUGAGAGAGUAAAGCUGGCUGGUUUCUAGACUGAAGGAAGCCAGAGUGUCUCUAUUGGGGUAGCAGGGAGGAGAAUACACACAGGAUGUCAGUGCUUCAAGGCACUUUAAUCUUUUUGUUUUUUAAAUAGGCUGUAGAACAAGCCACUUCUAGGUAUUUGAUGUGGCCUCUGAAUUGUGCUUGUUAGGCCACAGUGCCUGGAAGAAGCGUAUGUGCUAGUGUGUUUAGUGAAUAAGACUGUGCAGCAGGAGAGCAUCUUUUCAAAAGCUGUGAUUGAAUGUUAUCCGCAGGAUUGUAACUCCUCGCUCUGUCGGGUUUUAAACACCUCAGUGGAGUAAGACCUGUUUUUCUUGUCUCACAGAAAGAAUGUAUUCUUUUGCAAAAAGAAAAGUGAUAUGUAUUAUCUGCAUAAAUGCCAAAAAUCACAUAUGCAAUAUAUGUAUACAAACAAGAGAAACUGAAUUGA